CGGGAGAGGGAGGAGGGACGGAGGUAGCCGGGAGCGGGGAUCAGAAAUCGGGAGCCAGAGCAUAGCGUGCCCGACCCCGCUGCCCGAGCAGCUAGAGUCGGAGCGCGGGCCAGGCGGGCCAGGGUUGGGGGUAUAGUCCAUGUAGCGGUGUGCAGCGCUUGCCAGGCUCCGGGAAGCACGCGGAGGCGAGGCAAGGCGAGGCACUGCACAGCAAAGCAAGUCAAGGCGAGCCACUGUGGCCGCUCCCGGACACUGACCGCCAGGAUAUAAGCAUCAUUUUGACAUAGAAAAAUUGUGACUGCUUAGAGGAUUCAUUGAUCUUCAUCAGACACCAAUUCCUGGACAUCAUGCUCUCCCAUUUCAUUAUUUUUCUGAGAAUCCUUGGCUCUCUUCUGCUGUUUGGAUUCCAGCUUGUUCUCCCUCAGCCUUCCACUGAGCACAGAAAGGUUCCUCAAAGGAUAGAAGAGUCCACUAAUGCUUCAGAUGACAGUAAUGAGGGCAUCCCAGGAGUCUGGGGUGCUUGGGGUCCUUGGUCAGCCUGUUCGAGGACAUGCAGUGGAGGUGUGAUGGAGCAGACACGACCUUGUCUUCCUAGUACUUACCGCCUGAGAGGUUACCAUAGGCCUGGGGCUCCAUUCCCAGCUUCCGAAAGGGCUCUCUCUUACCACUGGGCCCACCUCCACGAAGACUCAGGAAGUCCAUACUCCAGCCAUGUCAUCUCUGCCAUCCGCAACUCUGUGCCCCUCCAUAGAACCCAAGAUCAGAGAGCAGGUCUGCAGUCUUCAGCUACUUUUGGGGACCGGAAUGAUAGCCAUCUAAACCAAGGGAUCUUGAGGGGCAGCCGACAUUCUCACUCUCGAGGGAGGGAACCAAAAUCUGAGAGAAGGAGUAGGAACAGAAGUUCUAUUGCCCCCGGAAAAUAUGGCUAUGGGAAAGCCCCAUACAUAUUACCACUGCAGACCGACACUGGACAACCUCCUCAAAGGCUUCGGAGACAGAGACAAACAGCUCAGCAUCGAAGAUACCAUGGAGAAGCAGACCCUAGUUCCCAUUACAAUCGUCCAGCAAAUGCUGCUGUACAACGCAGGCAUCUUUACCAAGGCAACCGUAGCCCUCAGCCCAGACUCCAGUCUGUAGAGUCCUCAAUUUACCAGCCAUCUUUAUCCCGUGUCCAGGGAUUUCCUGCAACUUCGAGUCUAUACCAUGGCAUGGAAGUAAGUAGUAGCCCUGGUGGAGGGUCCCACCGCCCAUCUCACCAUCUGCCUCACAGCUUCUCGCAGCCUCACCGAUCAAUAGAGAUUAUGUGCAUUGGUGCCUACCGACAAUACAAGCUCUGUAACACUAAUCCAUGUCCAGAGAACAGUAGAAACAUCCGAGAGGUACAAUGUGCAUCCUAUAACAACAAGCCUUUCAUGGGUCGGUUUUAUGAAUGGGAACCAUUUGCCGAAGUACGGGGAAAUCAAAAGUGUGAGCUGAACUGCCAAGCAAUGGGCUAUCGCUUCUAUGUGAGGCAAGCUGAAAAGGUUAUUGAUGGCACUCCUUGUGAUCAGAAUGGCACAUCCAUCUGUGUAUCCGGGCAAUGCAAGACUAUUGGCUGUGAUGACUACCUAGGCUCUGACAAGGUUGUAGAUAAAUGCGGUAUCUGUGGAGGAGACAACACAGGCUGCCAAAUUGUGUCAGGAGUGUUUAAGCACACCCUCACCAGCUUGGGCUAUCAUCGCGUUGUUGAAAUCCCACAAGGGGCCACAAAAAUUAACAUCACUGAGAUGUACAAAAGCAACAAUUAUUUGGCACUGAGGAGUAGAUCGGGUCGUUCCAUCAUCAAUGGAAACUGGGCAAUUGAUCGACCUGGUAAAUAUGAAGGCGGAGGGACAAUGUUCACCUACAAGAGACCAAAUGAAAUCUCUAGCACCGCAGGAGAAUCCUUUUUAGCUGAAGGUCCCACUAAUGAAAUCCUAGAUGUCUAUAUGAUACACCAGCAGCCCAACCCAGGUGUCCACUAUGAGUAUGUUAUCUCAGGGACUAAUGCUAUUAGCCCACAGCUACCACCUCAUAGAAGACCAGGAGAACCUUUCAAUGGACAGCUCGCAGUGCCAGAUGGAAGGAAUCCAGAGGAAGAAGAGAAGCAAGAAGAGAAGAAAUUUCCCAGUGGGGAGAUGGAAAUAUUUACUGAAGACAAAGUCCACAGCUUUCCAGUGAGACAGCCUGAAAGAUUCUCACCCCACCAACCAGACAACCUGGUCCCAGUUCUACAAUCACCACGGAGAACUAGAGACCAUAAUUGGAAGCAGGUUGGGACAACAGAGUGCUCAGCUACCUGUGGGAAAGGAUCACAAUAUCCCAUCUUUCACUGUGUGAGUAGAAAUACUCAUGAAGAGGCUCCAGAAAGCUAUUGUGACCCCAGCACCAAACCUACUCCUGAGGAAGAAGCCUGCAAUAUUUUCCCUUGCCCAGCCUUCUGGGAUAUAGGGGAAUGGUCUGAAUGCAGUAAAACAUGUGGCCUUGGAAUGCAACAUCGCCAAGUUCUCUGCCGCCAGAUGUAUGCCAACCGGACCCUGACAGUACAGCCAUACCGCUGCCAGCACCUAGAGAAACCAGAGACCACCAGUACUUGCCAGCUGAAGAUUUGCAGUGAGUGGCAAAUUCGGACAGAAUGGACCUCGUGUUCAGUACCAUGUGGUGUGGGACAAAGGACUCGAGAUGUGAAGUGUGUCAGCAACAUUGGGGAUGUUGUGGAUGAUGAAGAAUGUAACAUGAAGCUCCGGCCAAAUGAUAUUGAAAACUGUGAUAUGGGUGCUUGUGCAAAGAGCUGGUUCUUGACAGAGUGGAGUGAAAGAUGUUCUGCAGAAUGUGGUGUCGGAGUAAGAACACGUUCAGUGGUAUGCAUGACCAACCACGUCAGCAGCCUGCCCUUGGAGGGCUGUGGCAAUAACAGACCAGCAGAAAUUACCCCUUGUGACAAUGGACCCUGUGCUGGCAAAGUGGAAUGGUUUGCUGGGAGUUGGAGUCAGUGUUCAAUUGAAUGUGGAAGAGGAACACAACAGAGGGAAGUGAUUUGUAUCAGGAAGAAUCCAGAUACCUUUGAUGUAUUGGAUCCCCAUGAAUGUUCAUUCUCAGAAAGACCUCCCAGUCAGCAAUCCUGCUACCUCAAACCCUGUGGUGCUAAAUGGUUUAGUACAGAAUGGAGUGUGUGCUCCAAAAGCUGCCAAGGCGGAUUUCGGGUACGAGAGGUACGAUGUCUAUCAGAUGACAUGACCCCAAGUAACCACUGUGACCCUCAGUAUAAACCGGAAGAAAAAGAAUCUUGCAAUACUCAGGACUGUGUCCCUGAAGUUGAUGAAAACUGCAAAGAUAAAUAUUACAACUGCAACGUGGUGGUCCAAGCCCGGCUCUGUGUGUACACCUAUUACAAGACUGCAUGCUGUGCAUCCUGUACAAGAGUGGCCAACAGACAGUCAACUUUUUCUGGGCACAGAUAAUGCCCAUUCCAGUCACCAUGGGAUUGGACAGAUAUAAUCAGUGUUGUUGUGGGUGCUUCUUGCAGUCUCAGCCUGGCUCAAGGGACCCACAAAUACAAUUUAAUCACAUCCCUUCAGUUAAAUAUAAUGGGGAAAGGGUAUCUGGGAGUAUAUCAGAGUUGGGAAAAGGAUGGCCAUUGAUUAAUCCUCUCCUUUGUGCCCAGCAUCAGCCAAAGGCCCUCAUGAGAAACAUGCAGUCAAGCUGCUAUCCUUUCCACAUUCCAAAUAGUGCUGUUGACCAAGUAUUUUGUGGCUCUGGUGUUUGUGGACUUUCUAAAAAAUAGUGAACUAUAGAGAGGGCCAUGGGAAAAGCAGUUUGGGAUUUAUCAGCCUCAUUAAGCUUUGCUGAAUGGUGCAUAUGUCCUUUCCUUUCUGCUAUCUCAGCUUACCCAUGCCUACUUUCUGUUUCGUCUUACCAAGGAUCAUAUUCCUUACCCAGCUUACCAUAUAACCAAAAUGCUGUAUAGCCAGAUACCUUAUCACCAAGGUACAGAAUACCAAAUGCCCAUACAAUUUCCAGCCUAGAGCAGGAGGCCUUUGGGUCUAGAAUUCUCUUCCCAAAUCUUCAUUGUCUAGUACUUUGACCUUAAAAACUAAUGAGUCAGUAGUCUGCUCUACCCCUAGCAGUAUCUAGAAAUCUUAGCUACAUAGAUUUCUUAUGGCUUUGCCAAUGUAGUAACAUUCUGUAGGGCUGAGCAACUAGUGAUUUGAUUGGCUAAAAUUGUUGUAUUCUCUUCUUAUCCAUCUACAAUUUUUCCUCAUAAGAAUUUUUCCUGUGUCCCAUUGACUAAUGACACAAUCUUAUUGUAUUUUUAAAAAUAGAUUCUAGAGUUAAGGAAUAUUAGAACCCAUUUGUUCUACCCUUUUUAUCUUACAGAUAAGGAAAACUAUGCUCAGGAGGUAAAGCAGUUCACUUGAGGUCAUAGCUAGUCUAGUUCCCAAAGCAGAAUCUAUACCAACAACCACUGAUUCCAAAUUGAGGCUGCUUUCCAUUACACCACUUUAUUGAGCACGUUAUAGUUUAUAGAGUGCAUUCUUCACAAUUCCUGUGACACAACUAACACAAGCAUGAUUGUCUCCGUUUUAUAGAUGAGGAAACAGAGACUCAGAGAGGUAAGGCUGAAAUCCUGCCUCUCUCUCUGGGCCACAGUUUAUCUAACUAUAAAUGUAUGAUCCUGUGAUCUUAUAAAGUCAUUUAAUCAGCAAGAAAAUCACUUAUUACAUGUCAGAUUGAGUAUAUAUGAAAUAUAUAAAGAAAAGCAAAGAUAAUCUCUGUCCUUAAGGAAAUCUCUAAUGGGGAAGACAACAUAUGAGUAGCUAGAUAUAUAUACAAUGUAUAUACAGUACAGGUAGAGGGCCAGAGCUGGAAUCAUGAGGAACUGGGCUCAAAUUUGGCUUCAGACUCUUCCUGUGUGACCCAGGGCAAGUCACUUAACCUCAAUUGUUUAGCCCCUGCCAUUCGUCUUUCUUAGGAAUGACACUAUGACAGAAGGCAAGAGGUUUUGGGGUUUUUUUAAGUACCUAAUAAAAAGUUCAUGUAAAAAAAGAAUUGGCAGCUAAGGGGAAUAGGAAAAGCCUCCUAUAAAAGAUGAAAUUAAUAGAACAUUCUAGGCAUGAAAGACUUGUUUCCAAUCAUAGGGAUGGAUGGUCAGUAGUGAAGACGGUGAUCAAGCCUGGGAUUUUGAGACCAAGUACAGUAUGCUUUUUGGGGUACAGGUAAAAUCAACUAAAUAGCAGAACCCCUGAAUAUGGUACUCUCCAUCUCAGGCACCUGGAUUUACCUCUGAACCAAGGAGGCAGGUUUGUGACAGCUUCUCUAAGGAACCACCUGUUUUCAAUUGUGAAAGUUCUUCAUUAAUGACUUCUCUGUGGUCUUUCUGAAAUGAUUUCUCUCUCUGUUUCUCACAUUCCCUAUCCCCUUCCUCACCUGUAUAGAAAUACUCUGUAGGCUCAAGCCCUUCUAGCCUCAGUUUCUCCCUUUAUUCGGAAGCUCAUUUGUCUUCUUUCUCCUAGCUAAAGCUUGUAAGAGCUGACUUGCCAGAUUAAAGUAUCUAGGGCAGACUCGGAGAGAAUUCUCUGAAAAUUCUGUAAUCCAGUAUUUUCAAAGAGAUUUUCUCCCCCUGUUGAAAAGAAUUUCAAGCUAAAUCAGUUUAAUGAUAGAGCAAGUUUAUCCUAUUGAGAGCCAAGGGGCCUGAGUCUAUUUCCAUUUUCUGGGUAGAAAAAGAGAUUCUUACAGCUGAAGCUAUUCCACAGUUCCCAAUAACUUGAAAAUCCUUUUAAUGGAAUUUAGUUGCAGCUUAAGGAAAUGGCAGCAUGGUUUAUGAUUGACAGCAUCCUGUGCUCUCAAGCAGCUUUGAAAAGAGGCUACCCAACUACCCAUCAGCCUGCCAGGAUUCUUCUUUUUAGCUGAUAAGAUGUAUACAUUGGCCUUCAGUGGCCCUAGUCAGACUCUCCAAUCUCUCUCCAUUUCUACUGGCCCACCAUAAGCCUGAGUGAAUAAAGUAGUGGUCCCAUGUAUAAAGGCAGUCACCUAUGGAAUUCUCCAGCCCAGAGUUUGCUUAAAUGGAUAUACUAUUUUAGUGUUCCUCACAGGCUUUUCCUAAUAAGCCCUUAGUAAGAUUUACUUUCUGUUAUUACCUGUAAUAGAAUAAAAAUCUGACUGCAAAGGCUUGAUAGGACUUAAUAAUAUAAUGUCCUAGCCAUGAAAAACUAAUGGAUUUCCAGGCUGCAAUAGGAGAAUUAUGAGUCCAAAGCAAGGAAAUUCAUAGGAUCAUGUGUAGAGGGUGGGAAAGAAUACCCAGAAGUCAUCUAAUCUAACCUUCUUAUAUUACAGAUCAGGAAAUGAAGGACAAGUAUCCAAACUCACACAUGUAAUAAGUAAUGGAAGCAGGAUUUGAAUUCGUAUCUUCUAACUCAAAAUCCAGCAAGUCCUAUGACUCCCCCAUUGUCCUAUGACUCCCCCAUUGUCCUAUGACUGCCCCAUUGAUUCUCUUGAUACACUCUCUCUUAGCCCAUCCCUGGAGUACUUUGAUUCUUGACAGCCCAUUUUUAUUUUAUUUAUAACUUUGUAUUGAUAUAUUUUAUUUUUCUAUCAUCUCCGUUCCCAUGUACAUGCCUAUUGCUUCCUUUCAUCCCAAAAGCCAUUCCUUAUAACAAGGAUUAAAAAACAAAAGGGAGUGAGGGGUAAGUAGUUCAGCAAAACUAACUGAAAGAUAAAUCAAGUCUGAUAAUGUAGGUAGUGUUCCAUACCCAUAGAAUCCCACCUCUGCAAAAAAAAAAAAAAGGAAGGAGAUUGAUUACUACAUUUUAGAAGGGACAUUGACAAGCUGUAAUGAGUCCAAAGACAAAAUUGGCAAGGCCAGUCCACUUCAUGAAUAUGGGAUUGAAAGAGCUGGAGACCUUCAGCUUUGAGAACAAAGAGGUGUGGUGAAGGAAGGGAGAGAGAGAAGGAUAGGUUACUUCUGCAGGUAUUUAAAGGGCUUUCAUACAGAGGCUUGUUGUCUUUGGUUCUGAGAAGGCAAAGGGAGACCAACACUACAAGUUAUAGCUCAACAUAAGGAAAAACUUCCUACCAAUUAGAGCUGUCCAAAAGUGGAAUGAGCUGCCUUGGGGGUUGGGUUCAUGAGUUGCAUAGGGAUUGGAUUAGAUGAUACUGGACCUCCCUUCCAAAUCUAAAUCUAUGAUUCUAUGACUCAUAUUGGACAGCAACAGACCUGCCAACAGCAGGCUGGAGCCCAGAAGUGCACACAUCAUGACACUUUAUGUGCUGUAAAAGAGAUUAAGCUACAGUCACUGUUGGCUUAGCCUGGUUAGAGGAACAGCUGGGUUGUUCAAGGGGAUUGUAAGCUAUUCCUACCAGAGGCAAGGCAGUAGAAAUUAUGAUCCCUCUUGGGAAUACCAGCUGGUCAACCUCCAUGAAUGAAGGAGGAGAGAGUUGAUAUGAGACAUCUGAAAAGCACAUUUAAAGAAAGAUAGGGAGCAAUUAAUUUCUACUUCCCUGGUGGCUAGAGCAAGAGAAAAUGGGUUUAAAUGGUAGCAGGGAAUAUUUAGGUUAGGCAUUAAGCAUAAAGAAGUAUUUCCUAAUUGUUGAGCCCAGUAGGAGGCACCCAAGUAAGAUUAUGAUAAUGUGAAGAAUAAGUCUCAUAUGGUUUUUAGUACACUCUUGCUUAGAAAGAGAAGUCUCUGAAGUGAGGCAUCAUCCAGCCUUUCUUAUUGGUAAGCCUGGCAUUAGAGCUUAUAUAAUAUAAUAUAAUAUAAUAGGAUCACAGAUCUAGAGUUGGAAAGAACCAUAGAAGAUAUCUAGUCUAAUCCUGUCAUAUUACUGAAAAGAAAAUGGAAACCAAAAGAGCCCAAAUGCUCUUCCCAAGUUUACCCAUGUAGUGUGUAGCAGAGUGAGCAAUGAACCUCAAGUGUUCUGAUUCAGAAUCCUAUAUGCUCACUCCACUGUGCCACAUAGUCUUCAAGGGCUCUUUCUUUCAGAGGGCAGUAAAUAAAGGAGUAAAUAAAGGCAGUAAAUAAAGGAAGGUGGAUCAUAGGACCAAAAGUUGGAAGACAUCUUUGAGGUUCUUUAGGUCAACCUCCUCAUUUUACAGAUUAGAAAACUGAGGCAUUGAAAGAUGAAGUGACUUCACCAAAGUCUAAAUCGAUCAACCAACACACAUCAAAACAAAUUAAUUAGCUUUGCCCUUGUGUGACACUCAACUUGUUUUCCCCUUUUUUAUAAAGCAUUGCUUACAUGCCCCUUCACUAGGGUUCUCCCUCAUCCCCAGGGCUCACUGACUGUUGGCUUCCAUGUAACCCUGGGGAAAGAACUGUCAAAUCUCAUUGUAACACAAAGCAAUCAGCGCUUUGGCUUCCUUUUAAUAUCUUGAGUCAUGGGAGACGGGGAAAAAUCAUUUGGUGGGGAGAAAUCCAAUUAUUACAAAUAUCCUACUAAGACAAAUUCUUUUGCUGCAACUAUUAUUUUAGCAUCUAAAUGUCAUAAGAUAUAGCUUAUUUGAAAGGCAAUAAAACUAUUUAACCAACAGUAAUGAAAACAAACAUACCUUCUUCAGGAACUGCUGAGAGGUUAUUCAUAAGCCCUGCCUUGUGCCCUGAGUCACCAAAGAUAUCUGCAUGCUUUAUUUUAUGAAAAGGUCAAACUGAUUUGGCGUCACUUGAAAAAACAGUUCAUUUUUCUACUGUCUUAACUGUUUUAAGCUUUAACUUUUUCCUCAUCCUAAAAACUGUCAUCUGAUUCAUCUUGUGGCCAGAAAACUAUUUCACCACCACCAGCUCCCCUCCAACUAAAAAAACUAUAAGAUGUUUAAGAUAUAUAUAUGCGUUGUUAUUAAACUCUUUCUAGCUUUAGAAUAUUUUUAAAAGCCCCUAGGAAUAUUUAAAAAAAAAAACAUUUCCUUCUUCUGAACUGAUAAGGAAGCAGUGAGCCAGAAAAAGAAAAUAACUUGGCAAAGGGGCACACAGCUAGGUGGUGACCAAGCUAGGACUGAGCUUAACUUUCUUGACCUAGGUUCCAUAGCUGUUUUCUCCUACAGCUCACCGCUGCUGUCUCAGUCCUUAUUGCAGGAAAACGACUCCACAAAUUCUAGGAAGCAUUCUUGUUUCUACAGUGGACCAUGGAAAGAGUUCUCAUUUUCCAACUCCCAUCUCCUCUUUAUCUCUCCCUCCCUCCUCUUUUCCCUCUUUGGUCUCCUUUCAUUCUCAUUUUAGGAAAAAUUGAUUAGUUAUGAGAUAAGUGACCAUGAAAUUUAUACAUCAGUUGCUUGCUUAGAUAAUUAUAAUCAUAGCUUAUAUUUUAUUAGUAUUUUGUGAUUUGAAAAGAACUUCCUCCAAAACAGCCCAAAACAGAGAUAGGUAGUACAAGUACUGUAAUCAUCAUUUUACUAGUAGGGCAAGUGAAACUCAGUAAAAUGACUUACCCAAGGUCACACAGCUAGUAAGUAAGCAGAAACUCAAAGCCAGGGCAUCAAACUUCACAACCAGUGCUUUCUCUCAUGAUGCCACAGUUCCUGUCUUGGAUAAUUCAAUAGAUCUGUAAUGGUAAAACACUUUAGCCAAUUUUCUCAGGUCAAUACAAAUUCCUUUUUCAAAUUAUUAGCUCUCCACAUGAAUGACACAAUUAAAAUGCCUUCCCCAAAAAGACUUCCAUUUGACCUCAUCUCCAAACCCAUUAUCAUCCAGUUUGGCAGAAGGAAAUACUUUGUGAUAAGUUAUUAUUUUGUUAUUUGUAAAUAGAAGAUGUUUAUAGGAAAUAUGUAUUCGGAGCUAUGUCUACGGAACAGGCCUCUGUACCAAAAUAGUUUAUUAUUUAGAAUAUGCUAAUUUUUAAAAGGGACCUAGCAGGUAUUUAUUUACAUUUACACUCUAGAUUUGCAUAAAAUUCUUUGAUCAUAUACUAAUCCAGCUUCCUUGAAUGUUACAGCUUAUAUAUGUCAUACUGUAAAUCCAUAGCUACCAUUGUUUAACUUUCUCAUUAGCCAAUCUCUUUGAAUGGAUUUAAAGCAGAGUAUAUGUUAUCAGGCUUUGUGACUAAGCUCAGGGACUUUUAUCCCAAGCUUUGUAACUGAAAAACAGCGGAAUUGCUACCCUUUUCAUCUUGCAUAUCUUAUUUACUCACUGAUUUGAUUCCCUCUUUCCCUCAACCCAGUACACACACACACACACACACACACACACUCACACACACUCACACACACACUCACACACACAUACACUCACACACACACUCACACACACAUACACUCACACACACAUACUCACACACACACUCACACACACACACAUACUCACACACACACAGACACACCCCAAGUUGUAGAGGGAAAUGUGGUCUUUUCUCCUGGGUUGUGUGAGAUGGUAGGAGGGGAGAUAAAUGGUGGGAAAGAACCACAACUUUGUCAGCAACACCAAUGAAAGUUGCUCUAAGGCUUGGUCACAGUAGGGAGGGUGCCUAAGGAGACACCACCAUAUUAACUGUCCUGACCAAUCCUUCAGAACCUCCAACUACGAAGAAAUUAUGCUCUUGGCAGCAACAACUGAAGUCCCAGAGUUCAUCCAUCAUAGUUGGGAGCAAUUUUCUCAAAUAAAUCUUCUACUACCCGUCAAGCCACCUGUAUUUUAGUUUAAAAAUAUAUAUACAAAUGCAUAUUUUUAAAAGAAAGGUGUUUCCUGAGUGGGGGAAAGAAUUAUGUGAGUAAAUGCAGUAAUUUUCUAUGUGGUAAAAAUUAACUAUUUUGUUUAUGACUAAUUUAUUUUUAUUAUUAUGAAAAAUAAAUAAUUGAAAUAUCA